GAUAGAUAGACAGAGAGACAGACAGACAGACAGACAGAUAGAUAGAUAGAUAGAUAGAUAGAUAGAUAGAUAGAUUGAUAGAUUGAUGGAAGGAAAUGAUUGUAUGCAAAUGAAUUGAACAUCCUGUAAUCCCGUGAAUCCCGGCGGAGGAUUAGAGUCACUCGUUCACUUUCAUCCCUGCUGUGUUUUACUGUGAGAUGAAGAAUCUUGACCAUAAACUGUCAUAAUCCCAGCAAACGGCACAAAUCACUCGUGAGUGAAGAAUGACCGUCUCACGCUCUACACUGCAUCCUGAAAUCAUCUUCAGCUAUACCUGCACGGAUACAUGAUCUGAGGGGUUCGGGUGAACAGAGGCGGCCCACCUGAAGGAAUGGGGAGGACGAGUUACGCGAAUCUCCCCAAGACCGGAUCCAUACCCGAAAGUCUGCCCCUGUACAAUAGCGUUUCCCUCCCGGCUGCAAACACACAGCGUCUGCUGCACAGACACAUGAACACGCUCCCCACCUGCGGCUGCUCCUCCGAUGACAGACGCCGCACUCAAGUCCAGUCCAUCUCCACGAGCCACAACAUCACCUACGACUGCACCUGCCACGAGGAGCUCAAAAUCAGCAACUGCACCAGCAGCAAUUUUACUCACGUGCCCGCCGCUCUCCCACCCUUCACCGAACAGCUGGACCUGUCCCUCAACCACCUCAGCGCCAUCCGUCCCCGAGCCUUCCACAGCACACGAAGACUUCGCAUCCUGCUCCUCAAUGACAACGUGAUCGCUGCUCUGGCCAACGGGGCGUUCUCUCUUCUGGAAGGACUCUUGAGGUUGGACCUGAGCCGAAACCGAAUCUCAUUCCUGGGCGAAGGAUUUUCCCAGGGUCUCAGUUCCCUUCGAGAUCUGUCACUGGCGGAGAACCGAUUGACCAGCUUGGACAGCAGCUGUUUCGUCCACUUUGACUCCCUCCAAAGACUAAACCUCAGCCAUAAUGCAAUCGAGACCAUCAAGAUGAGGGCGUUUGGGUCCAUGAGUACCCUACGCCAGCUACAACUCAACUCCAACAAUUUAACGGUUCUCAAUAACGGCAUCUUCUCCAUGCUACGAAACCUUGAAGUCUUGAAUUUACAUCACAAUCAGAUACACUACUUGGACGUCGGCGUGCUUUCUCCAUUGACCAGCCUCGCGUUACUGGACCUCACCAACAACAACCUCUCCACGAUUCAGUUCAAGACCUUCCUGAGUCUCAACACGUACAGCACUCACAUAAUGCUCCAAGGAAACCCGUGGAAUUGCGACUGCGAUCUGCAGCGAGUCUUUCAGAAGCUCUGUAACGUCAAGCGGCUCUUCCUGGACGACUACGACAACCUCACUUGCGUGAAUUUGGACGAAAGUCAAAGGAACUACACGAUGAAAGAGGAGUUCUGCGUGGCAGAGAUGGUUACCGUCCUGGUCAUCACCAUCACGGUGGUCAUCACUGUUGUGGCUGCCAUAGUCAUGGCGGAGAAGAAAAGGAAAAAAAAGAACAAAGAAAAGCAUUGGACGGAAGUGGGCGAGUUGUCGUGCGCAUCGCAAGACUGAACCAGAUAAUGCGGAUAAUGCAAGGAAGGAACAUUAAUCUUGCAUUGUAUGGUAUUAUGCUUUAUUUUGUUCAAUACAGGGUGUCUGCAAAUUUUGUAAAUUUUUAAGACCAAGUUAUAAAAAUGUAAAGGAAUAUUUCACCCAAAAA